AUGCUUUUUAAAAGGAACUUUCAUCUAAAGUGUAUACCUAUGGAUCCAAGUCUGUAGUUAUGUGAAUCUUGGUCUGUUGAAACUUACGAGGUCACCCUCUCCAAAAUCUCUAUAUCUCUCUCUCUCUCUCUCUCUCUCUCUCUCUCUCUCUCUCUGGUAUCCGUUUCAGUUUCUUCGUCACAAACCCUACCCGCCAUGGGCGAUUUUGGUCGGAUUUCAGUCCAUAACGCUCUCGGAGGUGGCCCAGUUGCUGAUAUAUUGCUAUGGAGGAAUUAUUACGGCGGAGGAGCGGUAUUAAUCGGUUCCACCAUCCUGUGGUUCCUAUUUGAAAAAGGAGGAUAUAACAUCAUCGCAUUCAUCGCCAAUAAUCUACUGCUUUUGGUUGUUAUACUCUUUCUCUGGGCUAAAUCUGCAUCCCUUCUCAACAGACCUCUCCCUCCAAUUCCCGAACUGGACAUUUCAGAAGAAACUGUUCUUAUUGCUGCUGAUGAGAUGCAAGUGUGGGUAAAUCAUAUCUUUUCACUCGCACAUGCAAUUGCAGUUGAUGGAAACUUGAAAGCAUUGAUGCUGGUUGUCUCUAGCUUAUGGCUGAUUUCUUAUAUUGGUAGCUUUUUUAACUUCCUUACAUUGAUCUAUAUAGGGGUACUUUUUAGUUUAUCAGUACCUUUCUUAUAUGAAAUGUUCCAGUCUCAAGUGGAUGGAAAGUUAAUUACAAAAGAAGAAUCAGUAGCCAAUAAGUACAUGUUAACAAGGUUUUUGCUAUGGCUUGUUGAGAUCAUGGUAGUUUUUGAGGGUGUGAAAGUUUGGUGAAUGCAAAGAGAGAGAUAAUCAUGGUUUUGUUUUUUUUGGUUGUUAAUGGAAGCCAUUUAUUAUAACACUAACAUAUAUAUGAUUUUGUUUUGGUUGAUUCUUCUAUUCGUGAUUUAUCAAACAUAAACACUAUAUUUUUCAUGAUUAUGCUUGCUUAAUUGUUUGUUCAUAAUUAUAAGUUUUAACGACAUUGUUGACUAACACUUUGUAAUUGCAUACUUGGA